AUGAUUCGAUCCACAAGUUCGUCAAUAAUUCGUUUAGAAAACUUUUCUGAUGAAAUUCUUCUAUUAAUCUAUCGUUAUUUAUCAUCAAUCGAUAUUCUUUAUUCAUUUUAUGGAUUAAACACUCGAUUAAAUAGAACAAUUAGCGAAACCUAUUGCCAUUUAUUCCUAGGAGAAGUUUCAUACCAACGAUUAAAAUAUAUCUGUUCGUCAAUUAUUCCUCAAAUAGGAUAUAAUAUAGGUUCAUUAACUAUAAGUGAUCAAUUGACAGAAAACUUAUCAAAAAUAUUCCUUGAACAUUUUGGUCAACAAAUUUCUUUAACAUUUCCACGAUUGAAAUGUUUAACACUUAUUGAAUUGACUACUGAUGUAUUGCCAUCAAUUAUUCAUAAUCUGACCAAUUUGACAGAUUUAACUCAAUUAAAUAUUUAUUCUUUAAAACGAGCAAAAAUUAAUGUGGAUGGAAUACAAAUAUUAUUAGAUAAAAUGUUUUCUGCUAAUAAUUCUGGAUUAAAUUCAAUUUGUUAUGAUCAAAUUUUUCUUGAACGAUUAAAUGAUCUUCAUCUUUUAUUAACUCGUUUACCACAAAUUGAAACAAUUCAUGCCGUUCUUCAAUAUGAAUCAUCAGAAUUUAAUCAUAAAAAAGAAUAUUCUCUUGUUGAAAGUCUUAUUGAAUUAAAUUUAUUUUCAUUAGGAUAUUCGUUUAAUUUCAAUGAACUUUUAUCUAUUUUAAAUCGAACAAUAAAUAUUGAAAAACUUUCAAUUAAGAUCGAUAAUACAGAUGAUUUCCAUUUAAUUAAUGGAAACCAUUUCAAUUCUUUUUUAUCAUCAUUUCAUUUAAAACAAUUUAAUUACUUAGUUAAUUAUAUAUCAGAUUCUUCUAUUAAUCGAAAAGAAAUUCUUUCAACCUGGGAACAAUUUCCUCAACAAUUCGAUUGUCUUAUAAGUGAUGAUCAAAAUAAAAUUAUUUUAUAUACAAUACCUAUUAGUUUUUCACAUUUGGGUAUUAUGAGUAUAUUCUUUAAGAAUUUAUUUUCUGUCAAGAAUUAUUUCGAUAAAAUUCAAUCUUUAUGUUUAUAUGGAGUACCAAAUUUAAUUUCUGAAGUAUUUCCCAUACUAAUGAAAUGUAGAAAAGUUAAAUAUUUAGAUUUUCAAGGCGAUAAUGAACUUGUUUUAAAAUCUGGAAAAGAAAAUCAUUUAUGCAAACUUACUCAUCUUACUCAUUUGUCAUUAAUACAAUCAUCAGUUGACUCAAAAUCUUUACAAGAAUUAUUACAAUCAUCACCUAAUCUGUUUGAUUUGAACAUACAUUCCAAAUCUCUUCAUACAUUACUCGAACAACAAUCGAUUUGUCAUUUGUUAGAAGAGCGAAUUACUCAUUUAUAUAUUUUUAUAAUAUAUUCUGAUGAUUUUGAACAAGUGACAACGACUAUAUCUCGACUUGCUUCAAUAUUCAAACGUCUUAAACAUCUUUAUAUAAAUAUUCCUAUGAAUGAUAAGAGUUUCGAAUCAUUAAUCUUAUCUAUAUUCAAUCAAUUAACUCAAUGGCCUUCUCUUGUAUCAUUGGAAAUAUUUGGUUUGUCAGAAAAAUUUCAAGAUAGUAUUCGUCAAUGGCUUCGUAACAAUUCGCCAUUCAAUGAUUCAGAUUCAUUUAUAAGUGAAUAUCCUCAGCGAGCAUUUAAAUUAUGGCUUUGA